CAUUUAUCUAACAUCACAAGGCGAGACAAGGACGCACAACAAUUGUGAUCGCACAUCGUUUAUCAACAAUACAAAAUGCUGACGUCAUUAACGUUGUACAAGAUGGCGUCAUUGUUGAGUCAGGAAAACACUCGGAUCUCAUGCAAAAACAUGGUGUUUAUCAUCAGUUGGUAACAGUUCAGAUGCUGAUUGAAGAAGAUGAAGAUGUGAAUGAAGAUGAUAUCGCCGAAGGUGAAGACAUGGUACCAAAUGGUAGCCCAAGAAAAAGGACCAUUUCAGAGAAUAAGCAGCUUAAAAAGUCCACAUCAAGACAGAUUUCUAAGCAGAUCUCAAAACCCGGUGCUAUCGAUGAGGAAAAGGACAAAGAAGAAGAGGUUGAGACUGCACCAGGAGCUAAAUUCUGCCCAAUGUUACAAGAAAACAAGCCGGAAUUGCCGUUUAUACUGAUCGGAUGUAUGGCAGCCGCUGUAAAUGGUUGUACUAUGCCGGCUUUUGCUAUAUUCUUUAGUGAAAUGAUCAAAGUAUUUAUGAACAACUACUCGGACAGUUUGUUGUGGAGCAUGAUGUUUCUUGCUCUUGGUGGUGUUCAGUUUAUAACUAAUUUCCUACAGUCGGUUUGUUUUGGUCAUUCCGGAGAAAGAUUAACAUUUCGUUUACGUUUGAAGACUUUCCGUGCAUUUAUGAGACAGGAUAUGUCGUAUUUUGAUGACCCUAAACAUUCCACAGGAGCCCUGACCACAAGAUUGGCUACAGAUGCGUCACAAGUUAAAAAUGCAACAGGUAUCCGUAUAGCAACAAUGAUACAGUCUCUGUUUGGUCUUGUCGCUGCAUUGGUUAUAGCUUUUAUCUAUGGAUGGAAACUUGCAUUCGUGGUCCUUGCUGGCGUUCCUUUAAUGGCUUUGGCAGGUGCUUUACAGUUAAGAUUUGUAAUGGGAAACCACAAAAAAGAUAACGUUGAUCUUGAAGCAGCAGGGAAGACAGCAAGUGAGGCCAUAGAAAAUAUAAGGACUGUGCAGUCUUUGACAAGAGAACCGGAUUUCUUCCAUAAAUAUGCUACUUCUUUGAAUAAGCCAUACAGGACCAAUAUCAAAGCGGCGCAGCUUACUGGAUUAACUCUUGGUUUUUCACAAGGCAUUGUGUUCAUGAUAUAUGCCGGAGCAUUCCGAUUUGGUGCUUACAUGGUGACAACAGGGGACAUGACUCCUGACAAUGUGUUUAAAGUGUUCUUUGCCAUUUCUAUGACUGGUAUUGUGAUUGGACAAAGUAGCUCUUUUCUGCCAGAUUACAGUAAAGCGGCCACUGCAGGUGGUCUCAUAUUUAAAACUUUAGAUACUAUUCCACUCAUCGAUGUUUUCUCAAAACGAGGGCAAUACUUAUCUAACAUAUCUGGACGUGUACAAAUAAGAAACGUAACCUUUAAUUAUCCAAUGCGACCAGACGUGCCAGUGUUAAAAGGUAUUAAUAUAGACGUAGAACCAGGGCAAACUGUGCACUAGUAGGUCCGAGUGGAUGUGGCAAAUCCACGGUUGUGUCUCUUCUACAACGAUUUUAUGAUCCGCAAGAUGGGAGCAUAAGUGUUGAUGGCAUAGAUAUAAAAGAUAUCAAUCUCAUUAGAUUGAGACAUCUUAUCAGCGUU